AUGGGGGGCACUACUGGAGUCGAACCAAUAAGUAUCAUUUUGGAGAUCAUAACUGUUAAAAAUUAAUUUAUUUUGAACAUCAAAUAUAAAAACUAAAAAUGGGGGGCACUACUGGAGUCGAACCAAUAAGUAUCAUUUUGGAGAUCAUAACUGCUCACCGGAGCCAGCGCCCUGAAAACAUUAAUUAACCAAACUUGA